CUGCUGUGAGCAGGGGAGGUUUACGGCAGGACUACUUUAUUGGACCACUUAUCUAUUAAAGUAGAAACUGAUAAUUAACUCCGGACACGUGACAACCUGAUAAAUAAAUAUACUUAAUAAAUUAAUAGGUUUUUCGCUGCAUUGGUUCACCAGCCGGACUGCCCCAGUUUCCGUGCUAAGUGUCCAGUGGAGCACAUGAGAGAGACUUUGCCCCGGAAUGAGGCUAGAACGGGAAAUCCUGGUUGUUGCUUAGAUAAGCGCCAGAGGCAUGGCCCUGCAGGCGUCUCCAUUUCCUAAUGGGUUUGUCGCAGGCAUCCAUGCUGUGGGGUGGGCAUUCAUCCUGCCUUGCUUCUGGUUUCUUGACCGACUCAUUGCUGUGUGCAAGUCCACCUCCCUGGAACGAACAAAGCGGCUGGAGCAGGAAUGCUACCUCCACCCGCUCAAGGUUUUCUUCGGCUCCAUUCUCUUCUUCUUUCUUUUUCUUGUGACAGCGCCCUUGGCCUUCCUGGGAUUUAUCCUAUGGGCACCUCUUCAGGCCUGCCGCAGGCCCUUUUCCUACCAUAGAGAGACUCCAUCCUCACCAGAGCAUGAGACACACAGAGGCUUUGAACAGUUAGGAAAGGCAUCGUUUGGAUUUGCCACAGCCAACCUGUGUCUGCUGCCUGACAGCUUGGCUCGCUUCAACAACUUGGGGCACACCCAGAGCAGGGCAGCGGCCAUUGGUCAGCGAAUAGCGCAGGGUGUGUGUCGACCCCAUAUCCGCAUCUUUGUUGACUCCCCCAGCAGCUGUGGGACCCUCAGCCCCUCCAACAGCAUACUGCCCACAGCCUGCUCCUCUAAUUAUGGUGCUACGGACAGACAAGCACAGCCCCCAGUCAGUCAUCACUCCGACUCCACUGAAGUCCAUGUUUCAGUCCCACACUCCAACAGUCAUGUGGUCUGUGUGCCCUGUGAUGACACAGAAGAGCCCUCGACUGACUCCCCUUCUCCCCUUUACAAUUCCAAUCAGAAUUCCAACCAGCGGGGCCGAGCAGGUCACCGGAGCGCCCCCCGAGCUCUGCUGUCCCAGGGUCUCCGCCAGCAGGACGAUGUGCCCUGGGAGGUGUCCACAUUGUUCCCAGCCAAUGUGGACAUACUGUGUCUAGAAGAGGUGUUUGAUAAGAGGGCGGCACAGAAGCUUGUUAAAGAGCUCAAACCUGUUUUUGGACAUAUUCUGUAUGACAUUGGUGUGUAUGCCUGCCAGCCACCAUGCAGAUGUUCCUCUUUCAAGUUCUUCAACAGUGGAAUUUUCCUCGCCAGCCGGUUCCCAGUGCUGGAGGCCCAGUACCACUGCUUUCCCAACAGCCGAGGGGAAGACGCACUGGCUGCAAAGGGCCUCCUCUCUGCUAAGGUGCUAAUUGGCCAGAAUCCGAAACGGAAGAAUGUAGUUGGCUAUUUUAACUGCACACAUCUUCAUGCUCCAGAGGGUGAAGGGGAAAUCCGGUGUGAUCAGUUGAACAUGGUGACCAAGUGGAUCGGUGAUUUCCAAGCAGCCUACAAACUGCCUGACGAGGACAUUGCUUUUGAUGUGCUCUGUGGAGAUUUAAACUUCGACAACUGCUCACCUGAUGACACCAUGGAACAGAAUCACUGUCUGUUUGGGGAAUACAGAGAUCCUUGCAGGGCGGGGCCUGGGAAAGAGAAGCCCUGGGUCAUUGGUACUCUGCUGGAGCAGCCUACAUUGUAUGAAGAUGACACAAACACCCCAGAAAACCUUCAAAGAACGUUGGAGUGUGAGGAGCUGAGGAAGCAGUAUAUCUCGCCUCCUGUUCCUUCCAAGGACUGCCCGUUAGUUUACCCUGAGACUGGCCAGCCGUGGAUCGGACGUCGGAUCGACUACAUCCUCUACCGAGAAAACUCCAUCUCAAAGCACUGCCGAACAGAAAUUGAAGAGGUGACCUUUAUAACCCAGCUGGCUGGCCUUACGGACCAUAUUCCUGUGGGCUUGAGACUGAGUGUAACCAUGGACUCUGACUGUGCAGAUUAAUGGGGACUGUGGUGAAAACAUGUAAAAACAAAGGGAACAAAAUAAACUAAAGUAGAAAUUGCUCUGGGGCCCUUUCCAUGAAGUGAAUAUACCAUAUAAGCCAGGUUUAUUUCAGUUAGUCUGACUCUUUUUCACAUCAUUUGUUUCCACAAAGCAAAUUCAAUGCUAAAGUAACUGAGCUUGAACUAAAUCGAAUUUGAUUUAUCUAACCCAAUCAACUUAAAUAUAAUAUGUCAGACUCUUCAAAAUAAUCCUGGCUUAUUUGGUACGCUGGUUUUAUGGAUCGGGCCCAUGAUGAUCUGUACAGGCACAAUGAUGUUUUGUUUACAUACUUGAAUUUGUAAAUUCUAUGACAAUGUACUGAGCGAUUAGAUUAUACCUCAGGUGGAAUUAAUACAGAUUUAUUGACAUUUUGUAAUGUUUACAAUUUUAUACAUUAAGGGCAGAGGCAUUGAUUUUGUAAAACAAUAUAUUUUUAGGAUUUUUCAUUCAAUAUGUUUCCUAUUGAAAUAAGUGUAAAGAAUAAAUUUUGCACCUUGUUUCUUCCUCUUAAUUUUUCUUCCUUAACGUCUUUUUAAAUUGGUAUUUAAAGAGCCCAUCCCUAAUAAAGUCUUCCUGUACCAUUAGUCA